GAUCAUGUCUGCCUGCUCAGCUUCUCUGCUCUGCUUCCUCCUCCUACUGCUGUGUGGGCUACUGGGAGAUUGGGUGCUUACUAUCUGCCCCUCUGUGUGCUCCUGCAGCCGUGGACACCGUGUGGUAGAUUGCUCCUCACGAGGCCUAACCAAAAUACCUCCCGAUCUGCAGCACAACAUCCGCCUUCUCAACCUCUCUUUUAAUAGCUUGCUGGGCCUGGACAACCAACUCAGCAGAUAUGCCCACCUGCGAACACUGGACCUGUCCUACAACAGCCUGGAAAACCUGCCCCCUGUCUUACCAAGGUCUCUGUGGGUCAUGCGAGCAGCAGGGAACCAUGUACGGUCACUGGACAAAAAUGACACAGCUUACCACUGGAACCUGAAAGUGUUGGAUUUGUCAGAUAAUGAGCUAGAGAGAGUGGUCUUCAUCAACAACACACUGUCCAGUCUUCAAACUCUCAACCUUAGUCACAACAGGUUUUGGACUGUGCCUACAAAUAUGCCACACAACCUUGAGAGUAUUGAUUUGUCACAUAACUAUCUAGUGCAGAUCCUGGCUGGAUCACUGGACCGGCUGCCUAGGCUGACUAAGUUUUACUUGAAUGCUAAUCGCUUCUCCUGGUUGUCUGAAGGGGUCUUUGAGAAGUUGACGGGACUAGAGAUGAUGUCUCUUGGAGAUAACCCCUGGGCUUGUGAAGAAGAAGAAAAUAUAAUGAGGCUCCUGAGAUGGGCUAAGCAGACCCGUGCAACUGUUCUAGGUUGUCCCUGUUAUACAACACCCAUUUGUGGGCAAGCCCACCUGGCAACACCAGGAAUAGAGUGGCACUCUACGGUGUUUACUGAGCCACCACUUUGGGUUGACAGCAGAGGUGAAGGCCAAUUGCCUGCAAGGACUGAAGAGGUCACAUCAAGUCACCAAGGCAAAUCUGCCCUUUUUGAGACGGUAAUGUAUCAAGACAAACGAAGAGUGAACAAAUCUGGUGACCAAGUGGUGUUUGUCUGGACAUCUUCCACAAGUUUCAACAGUUUCUCUACAUACACAAGCACAACAGCACACCCACUGUCUUCGAAAAAGAAGACGCCCAAUAACUCACAGAAUAAAGGUCACAGCCCAAUUGUGAAGACUCAGCUAACUGUAACCCUGAGCAUUAUAGUAAUGACAUCAACAUUCAACAACUUCUAA